GAGGCGGGCAAGAAAGCAGGUCGAGCGCGCGCACGGCUUUCAGCGCCCGUCCGUCUCGGUGCUUUCUGAUGUGGCCUGAGGAGCAGCUAUGGAAAAAUGGAGCUUAAUGACAAUUACUGCAUUACUAGGACUUGUUGUCCGUUGGGCUGUAUCACUUGGAUCUUAUUCAGGGGCUGGAAAACCACCUAUGUAUGGAGACUAUGAAGCUCAAAGACACUGGCAAGAAGUUACCUACAAUCUGCCAGUAGAACAAUGGUACUUCAACACCAGUGACAAUAAUUUACAAUACUGGGGCCUUGACUAUCCACCUCUGACUGCUUAUCAUAGUCUGUUGUGUGCUUAUGUUGCAAAGUUAAUAAAUCCAAGUUGGAUUGCUCUGCACACAUCGCAGGGGUAUGAGAGUCAGUCUCACAAGUUAUUCAUGCGUGCAUCAGUUCUUGUUGCUGAUUUGCUAAUUUACAUACCUGCAGUAAUUUUGUAUUGCUGCUGUUUGAGAGAGACCUCAACUAAAAACAAGAUUUCUAGUUCUCUCUGCAUAUUGCUUUAUCCAGGACUCAUUCUGAUUGACUAUGGACACUUUCAAUAUAAUUCUGUGAGCCUUGGUUUUGCAUUGUGGGGAGUAAUUUGUUUUUCUUAUGAUUUGGAUAUUUUGGGGUCAAUUGCAUUUUGUUUAGCCAUAAACUACAAACAAAUGGAGCUCUACCAUUCUUUGCCCUUCUUCUGCUAUCUGCUGGGAAAGUGCUUCAAAAAAGGCCUGAUGGGGAAGGGGUUCUUUUUGUUAAUGAAACUGGGGGUUACUGUAGUUGUUUCUUUUGCUCUUUGUUGGCUCCCGUUUUGUACAGAUGUCAAACAUAUUUUGCAAGUGCUCAGAAGACUCUUUCCAGUUGAUCGAGGGCUGUUUGAGGAUAAAGUAGCCAAUAUUUGGUGUACUAUAAGUGUCAUUUUCAAGAUAAAGGCAGCUCUGUCAGCAGAAACCCAACUUAAACUAAGCUUUGUUUUAACAUUCCUGACCAUACUUCCCAGUUGCAUUAAACUUGCUCUCCAACCUUCUCUCAAAGGAUUUAAAUAUGGCUUGGUCAGCUGUGCAUUAUCUUUCUUCCUGUUCUCAUUCCAAGUGCAUGAAAAAUCUAUUCUUCUAGUUUCAAUACCAGUUUGCUUAGUUAUAAAUGAAAUUCCUUUUAUGUCUACAUGGUUUCUACUUGUUUCCACCUUCAGCAUGCUUCCCCUUCUCCUUAAGGAUGGCUUGCUCUUGGCUUACAUUGUGACAACACUGGCCUUUCUCACAGUGUGUGCAGCUUCAUUUUCAAUAUUUGAAAAGACUUCUGAAGAGGAUCUGCAGCUAAAAAGACUUUCCACUUCAAUUAGAAGAUACUUACCUUGGUUCAAGAACUUACCAAAGGUUAUGAAGAAUUUAAUGGGACACCUGAAGGCUGGGACUGUCAAGCUUCCUAUUCCUGUAACCCAUUCUGGAAAACUUUUUGGCUAAAUGGCGGAGUAUAAAGGAGACAAACAAGCAAGCAAGCAAGCAAGCAGAUGUUCUGUUGUGUAAAAUGGAGAAUUUCAAGAGCACAAGAAGUCAUGAUCUAUCCAGAAGUCCAAUCUUUCUUGUGCAUCCGUAUGCAAGUUUGAAUGCUUUAAACCAUGUACAGCUCUAAACUGGAGACGAAAAACUGGCCACCUGCCUGGUGAUAUAAACUCAAUCUUCUCUUAAAUGUGCCAGAAUAAUUUUUCUCCACCUCAACCAGAGUUAAAACCUUUCGCCUAUUCAUUACUGUCCUGUUAUAGUAUUUUUAUUUAAUAAAACCUAUUAAGACUACCAUACAAAUCUCUUUACUUAUGCUUUUAUCUUUUAACUGAUCAAUUUUUAUAUUGCUGACAUCCCCUCUUCACCAUUUGCUCAUUUAAAAAUUCAUAGUACAUGAGCUAUGUCUCUGGAGAAAAUGUCUAUAAAAUUUGUUACAGCUGGCAAAUGUGUAUGAGUCAGUGAUAGCACAUGACUAAAUGCU